GACUGAAUACUAGCAGGAAUCAUGUAACCGUGUAAAGGGUCACCCGGUUACACGUGAGCAUGGUGGGAGACGCCAGAUACUAAAGGAAAGACAGGAAACACCAAUACUGCAUGUUGCACAACAAAAACAACCCUAUCAACUGGACUGAAAAUGGCGACAUGUGAGAGAAAUGAAGCGCGUGCGGCGCUCGAGCGCUCCGUGCUCAACCGGGUUCCGCCGCUUCUCACGGAUUUGUACCAAUUCACCAUGGCGUACGCGUACUGGCGCGCGGGCAGACACAACGAGCCUGCCGUGUUCGAACUGUUUUUCAGGGAUAACCCGUUCGGCGGAGGAUUUUCGCUCUUUGCGGGUCUGAGCGACUGUUUGCUGUUCCUGCAAAACUUCACUUUCUCAGAUGACGAUGUGGAGUAUUUGCGCUCCGUUCUCCCGGCGAACACAGACGCUGCCUUUUUCACAUAUCUGAAGGAGCUGGACUGUUCGGCUGUGUCUGUGUCAGCGUUACCUGAGGGAUCCGUCGUCUUCGCCAGAGUUCCUCUGUUGGAAGUAUCUGGACCGCUGGCUGUAGUUCAGCUGCUGGAGACCAGCCUGCUCUGCCUGGUGAACUACGCCAGUUUGGUGUGUAGCAAUGCUGCUCGUUUCCGUUUGGCUGCAGGUCCCAGACGUCGAUUAAUGGAGAUGGGACUCAGAAGAGCUCAGGGUCCGGACGGAGGCCUGACCGCCUCCCGAUACACAUACAUUGGUGGUUUUGAUUUGACAAGUAAUGCUCUCGCUGGGCGUCUGUUUGGCAUUCCUGUGGCGGGAACCAUGGCACACUCUUAUGUCACUUCCUUUUCCUCGCUGGAAGAGGUGUGGCCACAGACUCUGUCUCCCUGUGGCGGUGGCGGCCCUAUUGACUUCAUCUGUCUGGCGAAGGGCUGGCUGGGUCGCGUCUGCCAGCUAUUGGGGUCAAAGACGAACCUCAUUCGAGAGGGCGAGCUGGCGGCCUUCCUGUCUUACGCCAUCGCAUACCCUCAAAACUUCAUGCCUGUGAUUGACAGCUACAGUGUCAGCUGUAGUGGUUUGCUGUGUUUCUGUGCUGUCGCAUUGGCUCUGUAUGAGCUGCAGUAUCGGCCGCUGGGCGUCAGGCUGGACAGCGGCGACCUCUGCAGGCAGUCGCUGGAAGUGCGGCGCGUCUUCAAAGAAUGUAGCAAAGAGUUCUCAGUUCCUCAGUUUGAGUCUCUCAUCAUCAUCGGCACAAACAGUAUUUCUGAACAGAGUCUCUCUGAACUCAACAAGAAGGAUAAUGAGAUUGAUGUGGUUGGUGUGGGGACUCAUCUGGUGACCUGCACGCGUCAGCCCUCUCUGGGGUGUGUAUAUAAGCUGAUAGAGGUCAGAGGUCGUCCCAGAAUGAAGAUGAGUGAAGAUCCAGAGAAAAGCACACUGCCAGGAAGGAAGUCUGUCUAUAGGCUUCUGGACACAGACGCUCAUCCGCAGAUGGAUCUGGUGUGUCUAUCAGAAGAACCGGCCCCUAAAGCAGGCGUCUCACUGAACUACUACCCUCUAGGACUGGACAAGACUGUUCAAUCCAUCACACCUGCUCAAGUAACCAGUCUACGUUUGGAUGUCUUCACCUGUGGGCAGAUCACAUGCCCCCUAAACAGUGCUUCAGAGAGUCGUGAACGUGCACAGAUUUCCCUGCAAACGCUGCAUCCUCAGCACAAGAGACUUCAAGAGCCACACGAUUACACCGUGGCUUUAUCAGAGCGGCUGCACUCCCUGGUCUCUGAUAUCACGAAAGGAAACAGUAAAGGCAGCAACUUCCUGCUGUCGAACUGAAGCCGAACGGACCAAAGUCACAGCCAUUAAAUCUGAAGGAAAAGGUGCCUUGAAGACAAAAAUGAUCUAAUAAUAGAUGCAGCAGUGCUGUUUGUGAUACUCAGUGUGGUCCAAUGAUUAACUAAUAAAAUGUAAUUAAUAAAAUUAUGAUUUACUGUUAAUUUUACAAUGUAAUAAAGUUAUGAAUAAAAGUGAA